AUGAAGACUGCCUCCCCUUCCACCCUGGACCUCACGGAUGCUUGCAUCAGCCAGGAAGCGCCCAGCGCUGAGUCAGGGACCCAAAGGCGACGGGACGCUCCCCUGAUCCUCCUGCCUCAUCAGAAUGAGUAUGUGGGCCACAUUGCGCUGGACAUAGGCGGCUCCCUCAUCAAGCUUGUCUACUUCACCAAAGGGAGCUCAGACGCCAGCAGUAGCGCUGGGGGCAAGCUGCACUUCGUAAAAUUUGAAAGCUCAAAGAUUGAGGAGUGCAUGGACUUCAUGGAGGCCAAACGCCUGCACCGCUCCAAUGGCGGCAAUGAGCCCAUGAGGGUGAAGGCCACAGGAGGGGGGGCCUUCAAGUAUGCAGAGAGAUUCAAGGAGCGACUGGGUUUGAUCCUGGAGCGAGAAGACGAGAUGAGCUGCCUGGUGGAGGGCUGCAACUUUCUACUGAAAGCAGUCCGGCACGAGGCUUUCAUGUACGAAAACCAGCAGAUGAUCUUUGAGGAGACCGGCCCAGACCUGUAUCCCUACCUCCUCGUCAACAUCGGGAGUGGCGUGAGCAUGGUCAAAGUGGAUGGCGAGGGCAAGUACACCCGAGUGUCAGGGACAAACGUCGGGGGAGGUACCUUCUGGGGCCUGUGCCGGUUGCUGACUGGGGUCAACAAUUUCGACGACAUCCUCACCCUUUCCAGCCAGGGCGACAACUCCAAUGUGGACAUGCUUGUGGGCGACAUCUACGGGGGGCGGGACUACACUGGCAUCGGCCUGUCGGCCAACACGAUUGCAUCGUCCUUUGGCAAAGUCAUCAACACCAGCAUGGAGCCAUCCGACUAUAACCCAGCAGACAUAGCCAUGUCCCUGUGUCGCAUGAUCUCCUACAACAUAGGGCAGCUGGCUUAUCUGAACGCCAAGCGGUACAACCUGCCGCGCAUCUAUUUUGGCGGCUUCUUCAUCCGGGGCCACCCCUACACGAUGGACACAAUCUCCUUUGCCAUCCAGUUCUGGUCCAAGGGCGAGAUGAGCGCCAAGUUCCUGCGUCACGAGGGCUUCCUGGGGGCCGUGGGCGCAUACCUGAAGGUCCCCAGCCUGCAGAUUUUCGACGGCUCCGCCAGCGCGAGCGAGGCCCAGGCCUGCUUCGUUGAGAGAUUCACGGUGGGUGCGCCCGUCACGGGCGGCGAGGUUCGAGGUCCGGCCAUCGGCAGCCUAUCUGACAAGGUCACAUGGGUGGAGAAGUUCAUUGCGGCCGCACAGCCCAUCACGGAAACCGCCAAAACAGAGCAUGAGCAGGCCCUCCAACAGCCUCGCCUGUAUCGCUCCGGCCGUUCUUCCAACAAGCUGCUGUCACGGGAGAGUCCCCAAAACAGCGAGGCACUGCUGUCGCGGCUGGGGAGCCAGCCCCACAUCAGCCUGAAUGUGGGCGUGCUGCAGUACACCCCCUCCUCCCAGCCUUUCCCCCUGCUGGACCCCCGGAUCAAGUAUGAUCCCAGCACCACAGACAUCAACAAUGACCCUGAGGAAAUGUCGUACUGGAUCGAGGUCCUGAUGCAGGGCAUCCCCACCGUCGUCGAGAAGGCUGCCGCCAGCGAGGGCAACACCUCAGACUCGCUGCGAAGGGCUUCGACCUUUGGACGGGUGCUGGACAUGCACCUCCGGCGGCUGAGCGCCGAGCCGGGGGCAUACGGCCAACUGGGACUGGCCGACCUGUUUGAGCUGCGGGAGGAGUGCCUGCGAGAGUUUGGGUUCGAGGACGUCUACAGGAUGGAUAAGGAGCGGGAGAAUGCUGCAGCCCUGGAGGCCCUGCCAGACCUCCUGGAUGAGGUGGACAAGCUGGACGGCCCUGAGCGACUCCUGGCCCUGAUUCAGGGAUCCCUGGCGGCCAACAUCUUUGACUGGGGAGCCAAGGCCUGCGUCGACCUGUACCAGAAUGCCACGAUCCUGGAGAUGUACCGACAGGCCCGCACUAAGCUGAGUCAGCGGCCGUGGCACGUGGACAACUAUGACGCCUUUGCUGCCGCCUGGUUCAGCACCAGCGCGGCCUCCGACGUCGGAGACGGCCACCGGGGGGGAGCCGCCCCCAAGAGCUCACCCCCUUUCAAGCGUGUGCUGAUGUUUGUGGACAACGCUGGCGCCGACAUCGUCCUCGGCAUGAUUCCCCUGGCACGGGAGUUCCUGCGUCUGGGCGCAGAGGUCAUCAUGGUGGCCAAUGCGCUGCCUGCCAUCAACGACAUCACUGCCGCAGAGCUGAGGGGCGUGGUGGCCCGGGCUGCCGAGACCUGCCCCAUCAUUCGGGCGGCCAGGGACGCCGCGGUGUCCACCCUGGCGGCCGCCGGCGGCCACAUCCCACCCGUCGCCGGCGCCCUCCCGGAGUCCUCCAUGGCGCAGGAGCUGCCGGUGGCCAGGGGCCAGUCGGGGCACGCCACCGUGGCGCGGCCCGUGGUCCGUACCAACCCUAGCCCGCGCCGGCUGCUGCCUCACGCCACGGAUUUUGAGGACCAGCCGGAGACCCCCACAACUGCGGCGCGCAAGGGCAUGUUUGGGGAGUCAUACCCUUCCCUGUGGAAGGAUCCGCGGUUGUACAUCGUGAGCAGCGGGCAUGGCUCGCCCUGCCUGGAUCUGCGCCGCGUGUCGGCCGAAGUGGCCGAGGCGGCGGUGGGCGCAGACCUGGUGGUGAUCGAGGGCAUGGGGAGGGCGCUGCACACCAACUACCACACCCGCUUCCGCUGCGCCGCCCUGAAGCUGGCCAUGCUCAAAAACGCUCACCUCGCGGAGCGGCUGUUCGGCGGGAAGGUGUACGACUGCAUCUGCCGCUACGACCCGGCGCCCGUUCAGAGCUACCUGGACGACGCCCCGGCCUGA